AUGGCUGUCAACGACGAGGACGAGGACGAGAUCAUCCAGGGGGCCUACGCGACGCUCAAGACUGCUCAGCAAUCCUUCCGGAAUAAGCGAAGCGGAUUAACUCGUCGAGCCUCCAGUGCCACCCCCCUUAAGCCUGCCACCGUGGUUGCUGAGCCUGCUCUUGUUCAAACGGCCCGGUCUGCUCUGAUUCCCCCUGCGGUUGAUAACUUAUCCGACCUUGCCUUUGAGCGUCUUCCCCCCGCUUGGAAAGGCAAGGGUGCGCGCCCUGGCCCUGCCACCGCCACUACUGCCACCUCUGUCCCUGCUCCUACCCCGGCUACCCCUGUUGGCGCGGCCAACCCCUCGGAGCCCACAGGUCCUAACCUUGCUGCCAUUGCGGCUCAACUGGAGGCCCUUAUUGGCAAGUUUGCCGGUCACCAGGGCUCUGACGACUCCUUGGGUCAAAUUACCGUGGACAACUACCCUGACAUAAAGCGGAUGCUGGCCUUCUCCAGGCUCGAGGGCAAAGAUCUCAACUCCAAUGAUUCCCUGCUGAGUGUUGGAGACCCCCUCCUCAAGCUCCAGGCCCUCACCGCACGCAAUGUGGAGAGCACUGAUGUCGAGGUUUCCCGUGUUAUCGAUAAGCUGCGGGGGCUUCGCUCUGACCUUAAAAAGCAUGUGCAAGACAUCCAAGACUCCCUUGCUAGCGGCUUUGAGUCCGUUGUCUCUGCUGUUAACCAGGGGUUCGAUACCCUUGCUCAGAGCUCCAUCCCUGCCAGACCAGUCGUGCCUCCAGCUCUCGCUUCGACCGUCACUUCUGCCACAACCGCCUGUUAUUCUAGAGGCUGGCUGGUCUAA